CGGCCCCGCCCACGAGUGGCGGGCGGUCACGUGACGCGACGGCUGGGGGCUCCCGGCGCGGGGACGCUGGUGGCCAAGAUGGCGGCGGAGCUGGUGGAGGCCAAAAACAUGGUCAUGAGCUUCCGAGUCUCCGACCUGCAGAUGCUCCUGGGUUUCGUUGGCCGGAGUAAGAGCGGACUGAAACACGAACUUGUCACCCGGGCCCUGCAGCUGGUCCAGUUUGACUGCAGCCCCGAGCUCUUCAAGAAGAUCAAGGAGCUCUACGAGACGCGCUACGCCAAGAAGAGCUCGGAGCCCGUGCCCCAGCCCCACCGGCCGCUGGACCCCCUGGCCAUGCACCCGACCUUCGAGCGGGCCGGCGCCGUGCCCAGGACUCCCCUCUCGGGCCCCAACCUCGACUACCCCGUGCUCUACGGGAAGUACUUAAACGGACUCGGACGCUUGCCCGCCAAGACCCUCAAGCCGGAGGUGCGCCUGGUGAAGCUGCCCUUCUUCAACAUGCUGGACGAGCUGCUGAAGCCCACCGAGCUGGUCCCACAGAACAAUGAGAAGCUCCAGGAGAGCCCGUGCAUCUUUGCGUUGACGCCCAGACAGGUGGAGCUGAUCCGGAACUCCAGAGAGCUGCAGCCCGGGAUCAAGGCCGUGCAGGUUGUCCUCAGAAUCUGCUACUCGGACACCAGCGGCCCUCAGGAGGACCAGUACCCACCCAACAUCGCCGUGAAGGUCAACCACAGCUACUGCUCGGUCCCGGGCUACUACCCCUCCAACAAGCCCGGAGUGGAGCCCAAGAGGCCGUGCCGCCCCAUCAACCUCACCCACCUCAUGUACCUGUCCUCGGCCACCAACCGCAUCACCGUCACCUGGGGCAACUACGGCAAGAGCUACUCCGUGGCCUUGUACUUGGUGCGGCAGCUGACGUCCUCGGAGCUGCUGCAGAGGUUGAAAACCAUCGGCGUCAAGCACCCGGAGCUAUGCAAGGCGCUGGUCAAGGAGAAGCUGCGCCUGGACCCCGACAGCGAGAUCGCCACCACCGGCGUGCGCGUCUCCCUCAUCUGCCCGCUGGUGAAGAUGCGGCUGUCCGUGCCAUGCCGGGCGGAGACCUGCGCCCACCUGCAGUGCUUCGACGCCGUGUUCUACCUCCAGAUGAACGAGAAGAAGCCCACCUGGAUGUGCCCUGUGUGCGACAAGCCCGCCCCCUAUGACCAGCUCAUCAUCGAUGGGCUCCUCUCCAAGAUCCUGAGCGAGUGCAAGGACGCUGACGAGAUCGAGUACCUGGUGGACGGCUCGUGGUGCCCAAUCCGCGCCGAGCGGGAGCACAGCUGCAGCCCCCACUGCCCCAUCCUCGUGCUCGGCACCUCAGAUGCCAACGGGCUCCUGUCCACCCCCAGUGUCAACGGCAGUGCAGUGCUUGGGGGCACCGGCAGUGGUCCCGGUGUGGUGGGCGGUGUGGAGAAUGGGAAGCCAGGAGCCGACGUGGUGGACCUCACGCUGGACAGCUCGUCCUCCUCGGAGGAAGAGGAGGAGGAGGAGGAGGAGGACGAAGAUGAGGACGAGGAGGGCCCCCGGCCCAAGCGCCGCUGCCCCUUCCCGAAGGGCCUGGUGUCCGCCUGCUGACCGCUCGCCGCCGGCCGGACACUCGACUUUCCUGGUGCUCACCACGCGGCGGGGCGCAGGCGGGCCUCGGGUACAGCGGGAGGAGUGAGAUAUUUUUCUUCUUUUUAUUGUUCAUUUUGUUUUUCCACCCAAACUUUCCCCGGCUCCUGGCACCUGUACCUCUGGACUCUCCUAUCGGAGGAUUAAAAAAAAAAAGUAAAAUGACAAAAAAAAAAAAGUACAAAAGAAAUGCAACAAACAAACAAAAAAAAAUCAAACUCUUAACAAACAGGGCAAGCCACCCACACAGCUGCUUCCCCAGCCGGAGUCAGAGCCCCGAAGACUGAGCUGACCCUGGGAAGGGGCGGGCGGGACCCAGGAAGCCGCGCCCCCCGACGCCCCGCCCUGCCUUCCGAUGACCAUUCCAGCCGGUGCAGAGGGACCCAGGCCGGGCGGGGCGGUGGGGGCAGCUGGGAAGCCAGCCCGCCGUGUGCCCCCUCCCUGGCGGCAACCGCGACUUUGACAUUCGUCUGUUCCUUUCCUUUUUUCCUCUCUGCGAACGUGUCCUCUUGCCCAGGGACCCUGGAGCGUGCCGCCGAGCAGCAAGCAUUUUAGCCAAGAAGCCAUGGAGUGGGUUGGGGCGGGGAGGGGGGUGGCGGGGGCACGGGUGGGGCUGCGGGGGGUGGGGGAGGGUGGGGCUGGGAGGGUUCAGCCACAGAUGUGUUGUAUUUUUUGAAAGUGCAAUAACUUGGUAUUUUGAAGACCCGGCAUGUGGCCAGGACCCCCUGCGGGAGGUGGGGGCCCCAGAGUGUGGCACCGUGUGGCGUUGGGGGGGGGGGGUCUCAGUUUUCUAGCCAGCUACCUCGGUAACUCCAAUUCAGGUUAAUUUCCCUACGGAACAGCGCAGAUCCCACAGAUGCCACCGGCCCCUCGCUCAGCGGGGCAGGGAGGGCGUCCACUUCCCAAGGGGCGGCAGGGCCCCCCGCCCCGGCCUCUCUAUUUGGGGUGGUUCCUUGCCCCUCUUCUUGCUCUUGGGUUUUCCAACGGGUAUGAGGCCUGCCCGGCACCCCCUCCCCGGGAGCCCCUCUCGUCUUCCAACAGGCCCCGGGCGGGGGCUGCCCUUUGGCUCCCAGGCACCCGGCCCGGCUUAGGGGGCCAGGGACCCCUGAGCUCCCACAGCUGCCCCAGAUGUCUCCAGGGACCCGUGGCCGCGUGCCCGCCCCCCGCCCAGCAUCCUUGGCCCCCCCCCCCCCCCGACCAUGCUUGGUUCUCCAAACCACCUCUGCCCGCCGUUCGGUCUUUGCUUUUGAUUCCUUACCCCCACCCCACUCUGCCCAGCCCCAGAAUAAUUUCCCUUUGUAUAAACAGAACUCUCCUAGUCAGGAAGCAAUAUCCUUUCAGGUCUAAAGAAGAAAGGGACAGCAAUCUGGUCGAGGGCAAAUUCAGUUUUACUGUAUAAACUCAGUCGCGCAGUUCGGCCCCCUCCACCUGCACUGGCAGCUGAGGGCCGCUGUUUUCUAAUAUUUGUAUUCUAAUUUAAUUGUUUUUAAAAAACGCAAAUAAAAAAAGAUCAAGGUGAAGCCAC